UUUGUUUUUUAACAAGACGUUUCGCACUUGCCUGGAUACGAAGUUACUAACGAGUGUAGUGAACCAUUAACUAAUUCGUCAGACCUGAUUUUUUUUUACCGCGUACUCUACCGCUCGUUGUUGGAAGUUAAACAACGUUAUUUGAGAAUUCACGCCACAUAAGCUGGCAUAUCUUGUGCCUAUGCACUAGCCAGCGAGCCACCUUGGGGGGAGCGGCGCAUCACUGCUACGACGAAAAUGCGAAAACUUAAUUUGACCAAAGCUUGCUGAAAACGGUUACAUGUGCCACUGAAGAAUGAAUCGGGUUAAGGUGAAUUUACGGGGGUUGCCUUCCCAUGUAUUUGAAGCUGUGUGCAGACCAGAUACCGUGCAAAAUAUCAGGCUACCAGAGAACGUUAUUAGUCCUCUGACAUUUCCUAAGUCUAAAUUGCAUCUCUGGGACCCUACUCCUGUUGGUGAUCUUGUCAAUCUCCACCUUACAUUCUAUAGAAACCCCAGACUGCUGCUUCUGGAGAAAGCAUUACGUUUGGCCCACCGCCAUGCUAAACAGAGUAACCAGCCUCGUUUUUCAUGUUUUCUAAUUGGGACAUUGGCUGUGGAUAGUGAUGAGGAAGGGGUGACUCUAAUGCUGGAUCGAUUCGACCCUGGCAGAGUGCAGCCCGGUUGUCCUGGGAAAGCACCAACUGCUUUGCUCCCCGGGGACAUUCUAGUACCUUGCAUGUUUGAAGCCCAGCAUGUUACUGACAGCGCUGUGUAUUCUGCAGCUGACUAUGAAAUCUCGUUUAAGUUGCUCCAGCACUGCUGCAGCAGCAGAGAGACGCUGGAGAUGGCUAAGCUCCUGAGCCUGCGGGUUCAGAUCAGCUGCUCGGAGGUCAUGGAUAGGCUGAGCUUUGGGCUGCGUUGGGCAGCCGUGACGCCGGCCACCGCCCUAGAGGCUGUCCCUGUGCGGGCAGUGCCCAUCAUCCCAACUGCGCUGGCCAGGAACCUGAGCAGUCUGGCCAGCAUGGGCCAGCCUCUGCAGUCCACCGGGAGGAAGAGAGGGUUUUUGACUAUGGACCAAACCCGCAAAGUUCUCCUCAUAUUGGAGUCAGACCCCAAAGUUUACAGUCUCCCUCUCAUAGGAGUAUGGCUCAGUGGCGUCACCCAUGUACAUAAUCCUGUGGUGUGGGCGUGGUGUCUUCGGUACAUGCAUGGCUCCUCCUUCCAGGACAGAGUGUUGUCUGAUGGCAACACAUUUCUGGUGAUUUUGUACUCACUCACCCACCGAGAACCUGAGUUCUACCAGUGUAAGCUGCACAGCGACUCAAUGGAGAGCUUUCGGCUUCUUGUCAGCACAGAAUCGCUCACUCUUUACAAGAACGUGGAGCCGGCGGAAGGAAAAGCCCUGCUGUUUGAACUCUCUGCUGAUAGCCAGAGUCAGGAGGCUGAACUCUUCAAAGAGGCACUGUCUUGUUCAGCAUUAUCAAGGCAUGAUGGAGCUGCUGAGCAAUCAGCCACAGGGCAGAACAAAUUGUCCAUCAGUGAUCAUGACUCAGGAGUAGAAGAUGAGGACCUUUCUCCACGGCCUUCUCCUAACCCACACCCCGUCAGCCAGCAGAUGAGACAGGUUGAGCCCUCUGUGCCUGAACUCUCUAUGGUGUUGGAUGGCAGCUUCCUUGAUGCUAAGGUAGUGCAGUUCCAUGACCCCGCCCUCCUUCAUCCGACCCAAUCAAAUGCUCAGCGCAGAAGUGGUAGCCAUCAUUCCCUCCCUGGAGCAAACUCACCAGGACCUGGACCUCCCGCCAUCAGGAAACCUCUGACCCCAGUGCUGUCCCAGCCAAAGGCUAGCAGAGCACAGACCCCCGCAGUGCACCAAAUGCCCAAAUCCUCACUGAGUAGGAAGUCCGUUCCCUCCAUGGGUCCGAAGGUCAGAAACAGCAUCUCAGCCUCAUCGUCUUCGUCAUCGUCCUCCUCGCCCAAGGCUGGCUCUUCAUUGAACGGCUCUUUCCAUCAGCGCAUGCAGAUUCCUGGACAGGGUUCUGCAAGCAUGCCCCACCCUCAUCAGUCCUCCCCCUCCAGACCUCCAGCAUUGAGCCACGGCAGCACCAGAAGAGACGCAGUCAUGGCAGACCAGACCCCUGCGCCGCAUCCUCCUCAGCACAGACUCUUCCACAGCACACCUGCCUCCAACCCUGCCUUUACACCCUGCAGCUGCUGUGCGGCCCACCAUGGACAUGCGCCUGCGUACCAAAGCAACACCUGGCAAGGGACUCCAGCGCACCCCGUCCCUGCACACGUGGCCUGUAGCAACGCGGUCCACUGCCCCGCUGAAGGUAGCCCCCAUGGAGACUGUCGCCUCUCUCCCACGAGCCACUCACGGAGCUGCCACGGAUCCCCUGCUCAGAGCCCUGUCUGCAACGCGGCCGGCCCCUGCGGUGGACCGUUGGAGCUGGCGGCACCGCUCUGCCAAGCUCAGUGCUGCCAAAUGCAGUCUGGCUGUACUGGCCAGCCUGGCUGUGUUGCAGUUACCCCAGUAGAUGGUGCCAUGGCACUUCUUCCUACCGAUGCCUACCGGAUGCUAAGGGACCAGGAUCGGCAGCUGAAGCUCCUUCAGGCGCAGAUCCAGAAACUGCUUGAUGCACAGAGCAAGGUCUCUGAGCCAUCGCAUGCAUCAACAAAGGAGCACCAGGGGCAGCAGGAGCAGGCCAUUCAGACGUCUGCGUUUUCUGAAUCCCAGAAGAAGACCAGUGUCAGCAUCGCUGUAGGAACAGGUGCCAGUUUGUUCUGGAGUUGCCCUGGUCACAACCCCUCAGACCACAGCCAGCCUCUCGAGAGUCCCCCUGAGGCUCAGUGGCAGACGUCAGAUCAUAGCAUAGCCUGCACAGGACUUAACUCUGAGGAGGUGAAUGACUCUGGAGAAGUGCGGAGCCCUGGAACGCCUCUCCACUCCACAACGUCACCACAAGACAACUUCCCAUCAAAUGUAAGAGUGCCAUCUUUUCAGAGUCUUGUAUUAGGGGACAGUGCAAGCAUUAAUUACAGCUCUCAUUCUCUGGACACAGAGCACAUCUCUGGUGACAGAGAAGUACAUGAACAGAGAUUUUACCAGGAAUUAUUGGGUCAAGUAAAAAAUCGUCUCCAGGAUUCUGUGACUGAAAACAAGGUGGAAGAAGAUGUGUACAACCCCUGUCUCAGACGCAGCCCAUCGCAGAAGGCUUCUCCACCAAACGAGCCCAAGCCCAAACCCAAGGGUCGUAGCCCAGAAAAGACGGUUGCUCUGUCAGAACAGGAUCAGGUGUUCAGCGCCACCCUGAAACAGCUGCACCAGCUCGGGGUGACUGUAGAACUCGACUCGCAGUCGGUCAAGGCCAGCCGCUCCACGGUGGAGAGCACCAGCACGUUGGCUUGCAUAAAUCCUGAAGCGGUCAUUCCCAGGCUGGCUCUUUCCGAGCCAGUCGGGACCAGCAUGUGGGGGCUGAGCGGUGGGGCGGAUCUGAGCCUGGAGGCCAACGCCAUCGCCCUGAAGUACCUAAGUGACUCUCAGCUGUCCAGGCUCUCGCUGGGAGGCCAGUCGCCUGGGGCACGGUCAAACCCGAGCGCCUUGCUCUUUGGAAGGACUCCGCCGGACAAGACUACUGCCAGCCUGAGCUUGAUGUCCCCCAGUAACAUGUCUUUAGCCACUUGUAUGUACAUGAGGAGAUAUGGGCUGAUGGAGGGGGGAAACCACAGCGAGGAAGAGGAGGAGGAUGACAGUGGUGAGAAGACUCCAGUGCAAAAUGUGCAGGCAGAUUCUGCUCUUGGGUGCUCACUGCCAUUUGACAAUUCAGGAAAUGGUAGGCAUGAGAGGGAAAAUGUAACUGGUUUUAUUCUGAAACCCAUAACUAACAAGCAGCCGGAAGCCAUUGCCCUGCUCCGUGCACCACCUCAAAAUUCCCAAAGCCAGUUAAUCCGAGACUUGCGUCCCAAAAUGCAGCUUUUGUCUAAAGGUGCAGCAAGUGCAGACAAGGAGAACAGUGUAAAAUGUAUCCUUCCACAGCAGAGGUCUUCUCUGUCCGAGAGCCAGGAACACUCAGCACUGCCGGAAGCUCAGGGCUCUGUUGGGAAUUUUCUGGAUCUCAGCAGGUUAAGGCAGCUCCCUAAACUUUUUUAGCUUUAGAGAAGGAUUAAGUGGCUGAAUGGCACAUUUCAAAUGGAUUCAGGUAACAUUACAUUCUUCUUUUCUUAUUACUUGAACAAAACUUUAAAUAGCAAAAAUGUGUAUUAAAUUUAUGUGGUCAUUUGUCAUUGUUUAUCUGUUAUACUGUUCUGUGUUUAAAGUCAGAACAGCUUUUACCAGCAUGUAUAAAUGUACAAUGUACAUUUAGUACUGUGCCUUUAUCUGCUUUGCAGAGGUUUUUUUUUUCCAAUUUUAAAUGUCAGUCCUUGCUUCCACGUGUUUGGUGUUAAUGCAUUUUCUGUAGCCAUUAAAUACGUUUCUCUUGUACAGUUGGACCCAUGUGUUUUUUAUCCUUUUUAAGUGUUAAAAAUAUUUCUUAUUUAAGGCACAA